AUGCAGCUCCUGGUGAGGGUGCCCUCUCUUCCGGAGCGGGGCGAGUUGGACUGCAACAUCUGCUGCCGGCCCUUUAACCUCGGGGGCCGCGCGCCUCGCCGCUUGCCCGGGACGGCGCGCGCCCGCUGCGGCCACACGCUCUGCACGGCCUGCGUGCGCGAGCUGGCGGCGCGCGGCAACGGCACCGGGACAGCCGCGCGCGUGGUGCGCCUGCGCCGGGUCGUUAAGUGCCCCUUCUGCCGCGUGCCCUCCGCCCUUCCGCGCGGCGGGGUCACGGAGAUUUCUGUCGACCAGGACUUGUGGUCGCGAUUGGAGGAAAAAGCGCGGGCCAAGUGCGAACAAGAUGAGGCGGGGAGCCCGGUUAGGGAAAGAGGCGAUGCUGACGUAGAGACAGACGAAGAAGAGAGCGAGAAGGGGGCGGGGCCGAGGAGCGCAGGGUGGCGCGCGCUCCGGCGGCUCUGGGAACAGGUCCUGGCACCCGCGCACCAUUGGCGGCGUCCGCUCCCUAGCAACGUGCUAUACUGUCCGGAGAUCGAGGACAUUGCCCACAUGACGCGCUGCAGGCUGUAACCGAGGAACCCGGAAGCUACGGCAGAAGAAAGGUGGGAGCUGCAGCUUCGGGUCGUGCUUUCUUACAGAGGGCUCAUGUUAAAAGACUCGCAGAUACCGGGAUUGGCACGCGAUGAGGCAGUUGAGCCGAGGGCAGGAGGGAACGCCCUGGAAGGUGCUGAUGCCGAGGUGGGGAGGCUCCUAGACGAACUCGCCCCCAUCUACCGACUAUACCAGUGUUACAUAUUUAGGAUGGAGUGGGCCAGGGCUGGUGUAAACAAAGCCUACGUUGCUGUGGGGAGAGUUUUCUUAGCUGUGACUUUGGCUUUUGUCCAGGACAGCGCUGGUGUGUGGGAGCAACAGGUCCCAUUAUAGCAGUUCUGUCUCAAUGGUAUGAAAUGGUUAAAAAGAUGAAACGGGAGAAAAGAGGCUAAUUUUCAUGUCAUGUUAAUCUCAGUUCUCUGGCAUGUAAGGGAGCUGAGAAAUUUUUUUUUCUCCCACUACUGGUCUACCUACUGCCUCCCUACUUCCAGUACUAUGUUCCUAAAAUUAUUGCCAUGCCUCCCUGCCCAGGAGCCUUGCUUCAUUUCAGAAUCUCGUUUCAGUCUGCUAAGGCAGGUAUCAAAAGGUCCAAAGGGCAUUUAUCUGAGGCAUCUAAUUAGGGCCUAUCAAGGAUAUAGGGAAGAGCCAUUUGGUAAAAACAUCAAAUUUUAAACUUCUGACUUUAUAUUUACAGUCACAGGGAAACACUGGCAUUAUUGAAAAAAAAAUAUUAUACAGUUUUAAACUUGUGUCCUGUAAUUGGACAUUGCCUAUUGAAUGCCAUGAAUUCUAUUUAAAAAUCUUACUAAAUAGCUCAUGGUAGUAUAGUCAAGGAAUGGCAGCAUCACUUGGAGCUUAUGGGAAGUGCAGAAUCUCAGGACCCCACUCCAGCUUACCAAAUCAGAAUCUGCAUUUUAACAAGAAUCCCAGGUGAUUUUUGUGCAUGUAAAAAUUUUAAGACACACUGGUUUAGGUCCUAGGCUCUCUAGGAUAUCAUUAUCUGUGGGUGGAAUAUUUAAAACAAUUGGUAUAAUUGAUAUACUGUUUUAUUGAAAGUUCUAAAGUGACAUUCUGUUGUUGAAGAAAUCUCCAGUUAGUCGUCUGUGUACAUAACUGCAUUUUUCUCUGAGUUAAAAAAUGUGAAGUUAUUAUGCAAAAACGUCAAUUUUUGUGACCAUAUUUUGGUAUUUUCCUGUCAUUAAAGUCUCAACUGAAAUGUCAUCUCUUUUAGAAGGCCUCUCAGCAUUCAACCUAGUGUAGCCCCUUCCCCCACCUUCCCUAUAAUAAUGCCUUAUUUUCUGAAAAUUAUUUUGUGGUGUCCUCCCCUAGAGUGUAAGCUCCACGAGCGCAACAUCUGACUUGUGACUCUCAUACCUCCAGGGCCAGCAACAGUGUUAAUGUAGAAUAUGUAUGUACUCAAUAAUUUACUAUGUUUGCUGCAUUUACAUUUUAUUUUUUAAUAAAACAGCCUCAAAAACUGUCUGUCCUCCUUUCUCAACCUGACAGGCUCUCAUAGUGAAUAGUAUAUGUCAAGGAAGAGUCUAGCAGUUCAAUCUUUGGCAAGCCAUGCAGGUCUGAACCCUGAGUCCUCAAAAAAAAAAAAAAGUGUCUACUUAAUACUAGAACUGAGCCUGUGCUGUGGGGCUGUAGUGGCCUCUACUGACUUAUAGGGGAACUAGACAACCUGAAGGUGGAAAGGGUGAUUAAAAGAAUGAAUGCAAAGCCGUUUUAAGUCUUGUCAGGCACUCCUCCCUCUACAGUUCUGUGCAGUGAGCCUG